AUGGAUUUAAUCCUAACUGCAGAUAUAGGAGGAACAAAUGCCAGAUUCAAACUAAUCAAUUUCUCUAACUCCCCUCUUCCAUGAGUGAACAUGAGUGAACAAAAAAUUUUGUUCGCGCACGGAGGAGGUUAAUUUUUUUAAAAAAUGAAUUUUGUAGUAAAAUUUGUUUUCGAAAUUUAAAACAAAAUACUUAUUUCGCAAAAAAUUGGAUAGCAAAUAUUGAUUUAAUUUGCAAAAUUUAUGUUUUAAAAUGAUAGCUAUUUAAAAAUUAAACAGAAUUAGCUCGAGAUUUCAUUAUACUAGUUAUCACUUUAUAUAUAAAAAUAUUUUUCAUGAAAAUAUUUUUUUUUCGCUACGGCCAUGAAUUUUUACAAUAUUUAGGGAUUUUCCAAUGAUUUUGCUCUCUCACGGAUAGUAGGGGAGUAAAGAAAAUAUCGAAGAAAAAUCAAUUACUUAUUCCACUAAAAAUUACUUGUCAAUUACUGAUUGUAUUAAUGAUUUUCUUGAAAACUUACAGAAACCUUCAAUUGGUGUUAUUGGGACAGCUGGGACAAUCUAUGAAAACACUUUGGUUACCACUAGCACAGGAUGGAGAGUCCCUAUCUCCGCCGAGGAAAUUCAGCAGGAAACUGGUAUCAAUAAAAUCGUUUUCCUAAAUGACCUUGUAGUUGCAGGACAUGGAAUCCAUGAAAUUACCUCUGAUCAAUCGCUAACUAUAAGAGAUCUCCCAAUCAGCUAUGGCAAGCCCAAAGUCUUAAUGUCCCUCGGAACUGGUCUUGGCGUUUGCUAUCAGGUCUGAAAUGGUUCAGAAUACCUAUUAUCUCCUUCAGAAGGAGGUUGGGUCGAUUUUUCCCCAAAAAAAGAAAUCGACUGAAAAUUCAUGCAAUUUUACCGCAGAUACAAAGACGCAAAUAAUUUAGAAAACACUGGAAUUAGGGUCGAAGAAUGCAUUGCAGGAAAAUUCGCUCAGAUAAUUUAUAUAUUUUUAAGAGAAGAAUUCCCAGAUUUAAUUGACCCAGCUUUUGACCAAAAAUUUAACUCUGAUCCGAGCAAAAUGGUAGCAACCAUGAUGCAUGAAGGGUUUAAUGGGACUAACCAAUUAGCACAGUUAUCAGUAAGGACAUGGGCAAGAUACCUUGGCUAUGAAUGUGGAAAUCUAAUAGCAGCUUUUUUGCCGUUUGGAGGUCUUUAUUUGUAUGGGACUUUAAUAUAUACCUACGCAGAGCAGAUUUCGAAAUCCCCUGAUUUCCUUGAAGGAUUGUUUGCAAAAGACUCAGGAUUAUUAGCAAUUAUUGAAAAAAUCCCGAUUUCAAUUAUUACAGCGCAGGAUUUAGGCCUGGCAGGGUGCAAUAGAGUUGCUAGACAAUUAAAUUUGAGUAUUUAA